AUGCAUCUCCUGUCCGAACCGAAUGUCGCCCAGCUGCUACGUCAGUUGACCCAAGAACAAUGUCACGACUUUCUCGACGCUCUGUCCGAGGCUCUUGUCACAGUAUCGUCCCAAGCCCGGUCAGCAGAGUCCGAGAAGACGAUUCACCAGCCCCUACGCACUACUAUUACCACCAAAGACAACAACCUGUCGCUCUUCAUGCCAGUUUCCAACACCAUUAACACGGGGUUCAAAGUAGUGACCGCCUCUCAGGCGAAUGGAAUCAUCGGCGUUAUCAAUAUCUUCUCGCCGGAAGGCAAAUUGCUCGGCUUGCUCAGCGCCGCGGAGAUCACUGCAUUCCGCACGGCGCUCGCGAUCAUGACAUUGUUCAUCCGCUGUACCUCUUUGAAGAAAGAGAACGUCGUGAUCUUUGGCUCCGGGAGACAAGCCGAGUGGCAUGCGCGUCUAGCCCUGAUCCUCGUCCCGAGCCAGAUCCGACGGAUCGUGUUCAUCAAUCGCGGUCGCAAGAGGCUCGACGAGAUGAGCGACAUGAUCUCCGAACUGCAAUCCGCCCAUCCAGACGUGGCUAUCUCUACGCUAGCAAAGGAAGAUUCUCCGGAUUAUGCGCAGCGAUUGCAGUCGGAACUGGCGGCAAGCGACGUGAUUUUCAGCUGUACCCCUGCGACCGAACCUAACUUCCCACACUCUUAUCUACUCCCGUUCAAGCCCCGGUUUAUCUCGCUGAUUGGAUCCUACAAGCCUCAUAUGCAAGAGAUCGACACAGAGACUGUUCUAUCCGGCGGAGGAAAGGUGUAUGUGGAUUCCAAAGAGGCCUGUCUGGAGGAGUCGGGAGAACUCAUCCGGGCGCGAAUCCAAGAAAGCCAACUGGUCGAGCUGGGUGACCUCUACGAGAGACAGGGGAAGUCGGAGCCCGUUGAAAUUCCCGAUGGAUGUAAUGUCGUCUUCAAAUGCGUGGGAAUGGGGAUUAUGGAUCUGGUCAUCGGCAAGAAGUUAUUAGAUGUUGGUAAGGAACGGGGGCUGGGGAUGGAAGUCGAUGGAUUCUAG